AUGGAGAGUAAAGAAGAAGAUGUCAAGGUUGGAGCAAACAAGUUCUCUGAGAGGCAGCCGAUAGGUACAGCAGCACAGGGUGACAAGGACUACAAGGAACCACCACCAGCUCCUUUGUUUGAGCCUGGUGAGCUCAAGUCAUGGUCCUUCUACAGAGCUGGGAUUGCUGAGUUCGUGGCCACCUUCUUGUUCCUCUACAUAACCAUCUUAACUGUCAUGGGUGUCAACAGGUCCUCCUCCAAGUGCUCCUCUGUUGGCAUUCAAGGCAUUGCUUGGUCCUUUGGUGGCAUGAUCUUUGCCCUUGUCUACUGCACUGCUGGAAUCUCAGGGGGACACAUCAACCCAGCUGUGACCUUUGGUCUGUUUUUGGCAAGGAAGCUGUCCCUCACAAGGGCACUGUUCUACAUUAUCAUGCAGUGUCUUGGAGCCAUCUGUGGGGCUGGUGUGGUGAAGGGUUUUGAGGGUAAUGCUAGGUAUGAGCUGUUCAAAGGUGGAGCAAAUUUUGUGAACUCUGGAUACACCAAGGGUGAUGGACUUGGAGCUGAGAUUGUUGGCACUUUCAUUCUUGUCUACACCGUCUUCUCAGCCACUGAUGCCAAGAGAAACGCCAGAGACUCUCACGUUCCUAUUUUGGCUCCUCUUCCCAUUGGAUUUGCUGUAUUCUUGGUCCACUUGGCCACCAUUCCCAUUACAGGAACUGGCAUCAACCCUGCAAGGAGUCUCGGAGCUGCCAUAAUCUACAACAGGGACCAUGCAUGGGAUGACCAAUGGAUUUUCUGGGUUGGACCUUUCAUUGGAGCUGCUCUUGCUGCCGUGUAUCACCAGAUAGUUAUUCGAGCCAUUCCUUUCAAGGCAAGGGCUUAG